CUCACCGUCUUCUCAAGGGGUCGGCUCUCGUCGGCCCCGGAACUCCCCCCGCCGUCAUCGCGACGACAAGACCUUCCUCUCCUGCUCAACAUCAAGGCGCCACCGGUCUGCACUCCUUCUCAACGUCCGCAAAUCCACCACCCGACGGUGCUAUUGUAGACGAAGAUUUUAUCCCUUCCAUACUUGUUACCACUGUCAGACGACCAGGAAAGAAGAAAGCUGACGCCGAAGACGAUCAGCUUGCAUUCGUUCCGCGGUACACCACUCCCGUUCGGGAAGACCCCGAGGAGGCCAAGAAGCACACUCUUGUUUCACCCAAGAUGGCUCUGCCAGAAUCUGAUCCGCUUGUGCGCAAAAAUGGGGGCUCGCCGAUGAAGUCGCUCUCGUGGAGUGAGCAGACGGUCAACCACGUCGACGAUCGCUGCGUGCAGAUGGCCAUCGGAGAAAUGAAGCGGCGGAUACCGGGGAAGGAUAUCGACGACAAGCAGUGGAAGAAACUUCGGCCUAGAUCAUUUAGGGGGAUUGACAUAAAAAACUUGCUUGACAAUUCAGAGUCGAGGAAGUACGUGCCGCUGGCUCUCGGGACGCUGAGUAUUCCCCCCUCCUUGCAGUGUGAUAUAUUCAAUGCCGUCGAAGAACUCGCAGGGUCGAGGUACAGAUGGAAGAUCGUCGCGGAUCACGCCGAGAGCGCAGAGGUUGAUCAUAGGCCUGACUUGGCAAGAUAUCCUCUAGACAUUCCGGCCGCCUCGGCAAUGUACACCCACAAGGUGGGAAAGGACGACCCCAACAUCGCGCGUUGUGCGUGGGCAUGGAUGAGUAGCCUCGUUGAAGUCAAGAACUCAGACGAGAACUCCGCUUUUCACUUCCUCCCUAGCAAGGACCAAGCAGGGGAACAGAAGUUUUUGCGAGACAGCGACGUUGGUCGGAAAACCCGUGCUCAGUUCAUCAAGUACGCCAUUGAGGGGAUGCUGCGUCAGCAUCGCACUCACUUCUACACAUUCUACUUUUCCGGGAUGUACGCACGUGUGUUUCGCUGGGACCGAGUGGGAUGCAUCGCCUCGGAACCCAUCGAUCUCGAGAAGAACGCGAAGCAGUUUCUCAACAUCCUUUAUCGACUGGCUACGUCCACAGACGACUACGGAAGCGAUAACACUGUACAGCUCGCCUCCCAGAAGGAUAUCUCCCUUGUCGAGGCUUACGAUCCCGAAGGCAACGAGUACUUACAGGAAUACAAGGACAUGAUGUUGAAGGACCGCCUCUAUUAUCCGAUAUAUAAGGUUUCUCUACCGGCUGUAUUCAUCGGAGGCGAGAAGACGCACGACGACGGAGAGCGAUGCUACCUCAUCGGUCGAUAUGCUUUUGGCCAUUACUCGCCCGUCGGUCGGUGUACUAGAGGUUACGCUGCCUUCGACCUUCAGACCAAACGCCUAGCCUGGCUGAAGGACCAGUGGCGAUGUAUCGCUCGGCCGCACACCGAGCUUGAUGCCUACAUUCGUCUCCACAAGCACGGCGUAUCCUAUAUUGCGACGCCUAUCGCUGGCGGCGACAUUGACGAGCAUCGUACGGUCAGUCAGGGCUACAUGACCCAUUUGUCGGCAGACUGGCGACCGUCAGAACGAGUCCACACACGUCUAGUGACGAAAGAAGUGGGGAGAGUCUUGGAGAGCUAUGCCGACUCGGCAGAACUGCUAAGAGUAUGCGGCGAGGCAUUUAUUGAAACUCGGAAAGGGUUUCUGAACGAUUGGGACCUAUGCAAAUACCGCGAAGAUAUGGAUAGCAUGGUUCCGGCAUCAGAGCCUUCUGGUAUAUCCGGCACCUGGGCGUUCAAAUCCGCCCUAUCUUUGCGCUACCCUCGAAAACCUCCCUCCCUGGCCGAUGACCUAGAAGCAUUUGUUCAUGUCAUCCUUUGGUUUGCCUGUCGGUUCCAUCUCCACGACCAUUCUCCUGAUCCCGAAGACUCUUCGAAAGCGGCCUGCAUCAAGGCCAACGUCGACAAUCCUGCUCUCCUGAGCAUGGUCUACGUCUUCUUUUAUUUUCAGAAACGCGUCGGCGGCGGCUACUAUAAGGGUGGCGCGGCCAAGUACAAGGCAAUCUUGCGCGGCGAGCCUCCGAUUACUUUCGAGGCUCUCGAGGACGGUCGUCUGCCUCUUCUCGGCAAGUUCCUCCUCCACGCAUACAAGCUCCUCUCAGAACACUACUGGGCUAUGGACCAAGCAGAGAUGGAGCAGUGGGAUGUUAGACCGGGCGAUCGCGUGUCUCCGGACGAGAUAGAAGUGGUCCGACCCGCCCCAGUCGCAGUACGGGCCGCAAGCAGCGAGGACGAAGACGAGGACGAGGAGCUCGAGUCCUACCUUGACGCGUACGUGGAGCAAUACGAUGACGACGAAUUCGAGCUGGAGCUCGAGGCUGAGAUCGCGCAGGCCAAGAAAAUGAACUGUCCCUUCCGCAACCCCCGGAGGGUGCUCGAAGGCCACGCUGCGCUAGGCACACUGUUCAUCCGGAUGUUCCGUGAGAAAGGUGGGGAGAAGGUCGACCUCCGUGGCUUGCGCGACGACAAGCGUUUCGACCAGUUCCUGAGCUGGAAAAUGCUCUGCUUCCUGAACCAGCCCGGACCGACCGGCAAACCUUUGAAGCUCGCGCUGAUGAAGUCAUCCGCCGAGAAGGACAAGCGCAAGCGUAGCGCUGAAGAUUCUCCUGAGGACGAGUUACCUCGAAAGAGAAACAGGGCGACGAUCGCCAAUGAAGUCGCGAAGACUCAAACGCCUCCUCCCUGGAAACGCUCGCGCCCAGGCUCCCGGAAGCUUACUGCCAAGCCGCAGCCCAAGAAUACUGGGAAGGCUGCUGUGCGCAAAGCAGAGACCACCAGACGACAUAGAAGCCCUCGGGAUGUAGCUGCCAUGAAAGCUGAAACGGCUGGGCGACCAAGGCCCUUCAGCACGGCUAAGGUUGUCGAGCCGUCGUUGCCUCUCCGUCGAUCUACUCGGCUGGCUGCAAAAGACAAGGAUCGCCAGGGGCCACCAUGAUGCUUGUGAAUUCCCGCCAGUGCCCAUCUGCA